AUCCUCCAUCCUCAAAACAUAGUGUUCAAAUAAUAAUAAUAACAAGAUGAUUAAGAAGGUACUUGUAUUUGGUGCAACCGGCUAUCUUGGUAGAUACAUGGUUCUAGCUAGUGUUGCUAUGGGCCAUUUGACCUACGCCUACACCCGCCCACUCGGGCUACUAGGUGUUAGUCACAAUGAUCCCAAGCUCAAAACGCUUCUAAAUUUCAAAGCCUUAGGAGUUACCAUUAUUGAGGGAGAAUUGGAUGAUCAUGAGAAGCUUGUAAGCAUCCUCCAAGAAGUUCAAAUCGUGAUAUCUGCCUUACCAGUUCCACAAUAUCUUGAUCAACUUAAAAUUAUUGAUGCUAUGAAAGAAGCCAACAUAGAGAGAUUUAUACCAUCAGAAUUUGGAUGUGAAGCUGAUAGGGUAAGAGCUCUCCCACCAUUCCAAGCAUUACUUGAUAACAAGAAGAGAGUAAGAAGGGCAAUUGAAGCAGCUAAUAUUCCAUAUACUUACAUAUUAGGGAAUAUUAUGGCUGGAUAUUUUAUUCAUUACAUUUUUUUCCAUGAUGAAAAUUGCAACGAAAAAGUUACCGUCUAUGGUAACGGUCAAACUAAGGUUGUGUGGAACUACGAAAAAGAUGUAGCAGCUUAUACAAUAAGGGCAGCCAUGGAUUCAAGAACACUUAAUAAAACAGUCAGUUGUAGGCCAUUAAAAAAUAUAGCGUCUUUAUUUGAUGUUAUUUCUUCAUGGGAAAUAAAGACUGCAAAAUAUUUAAACAAAGUUCAUAUGCUUGAAGAGGAUGUGCUCAAGCUCACUACUGAAACAAUGCCACAAGAGAUAAGCAUACCAAUGUCCAUACUACAUUGCAUUUUCAUCAAAGGAGAUCCACUAAGCAUUGAACUCAAAGAAGAUGAGCUUGAAGCUUCCGAUUUGUACUUAGACUACAAAUAUACUUCCAUUGAUGAGCUUCUUAACAUAUGCACCGUCGAUCCUCCAAUAGUCACCUUGUCAAGAUUUGUAUGAUAUUAUUAUACUUUAUACACUAUGCAUAUUUGUGUAUGUUCUUAAAUAGUCCCUUGGUUAUCAUGAAUUUGCUUUAAUAAUGACAUAUUGUCAAUAACAGUGUCCUUAGGGACUAAGAAGUGUUUUUUAUUUGUAUAAUAAUUUGGAAAAAGAUAUUUCAAGAAAGUAUCCUUUGAACCAAAAAAACUUGAUCCAGCGACUAAAGUAUCGAAUAUUAAUAGUCAAAUAAAAUGUAUUAUGUUGUUGGCAA